UUGUUCUGGACCUCGGAGUCCAGUUCUUAGCCCCGGUCCUGACACCUCUUUGCUGGAUUCAGUUUUGCUGGAUUUUGGUCUCUAUCAUUCAUCCACUUCAGGACUUUUAUAUUUGUCAUUGUUCAUUUGGCAACUGACGGUGCACACCUUAGCAUUUCCAGGCAGAAAAGUGCAGUGGACAGUGAGUUAGAAGGCACCAUGAUGGCUUUACCUUUCUACCAGAAACAUCACGAACACUAUGACCGUGCAUACCGCCACAAAGAGCUGCAAUCCACUCUGAGCCAGUAUCAAAAGGAGGAGAAGCGUAAAUCGGCUGUCUACAGUCAUGGGUCUACAGCCUACACUCGUGGAUCUGCCGCCUACCGCCAUGGGUCUGCAGCAGCCUACAGUCAUGAGUCUGCAGCAGCCUACAGUCAUGGAUCAGCAGCCUAUGGUCAUGAGUCUGCAGCCUACAGUCAUGGAUCUGCAGCCUAUGAUCAUGAAUCUGCAGCUCACAGUAGGAGGUCUGCUGCCUACAGUCUUGGAUCAGAAUCCCUUAGUAAGAUGUCUUCAGCCUAUGAUCAUGAAUCUGCAGCUCACAGUAGGAGGUCUGCUGCCUACAGUCUUGGAUCAGAAUCCCUCAGUAAAAUGUCUGCAGCCUAUGAUCAUGAAUCUGCAGCUCUAAGUAGGAGGUCUGCAGCCGAUAGUCUUGGAUCAGAAUCCCUCAGUAAGAGGUCUGCUGCCUACAGUCUUGGAUCUGAAGCCUACAGUCAUGGACUAAAAGAUUCCAAUAUAAUGAUAGAAGAUCGAUCCUAUAAGUUGAGUCCCAAAGCAAAGAGAGCAAAACAGAGUUUAUUCUCUGAGGAGAAAGAAAAUAAAGCCAUUGACUAUGUAGUACCAGUGUUCACAGGACGUCAAGUGUAUGUCAGCGGGAUUACAGAUACAGAACAAGAAAGAAUUAAGGAAAGUGCUGCAUACAUUGCCAGAAGGAACCUCUUUGCUACAGGCGAAGGAAUUAGUGCAACUAGAGUGGCCACUUCAUCCUCUACAGAAGAGCAGCAUGAAAAGAAGUCAAGGAAAGUAGCAAUACGAGAGUCAGCUGAACGUCUGGCACUGAAGAAAACGUUAGAAGAGACUGAGGAAUUUCACAGAAAGCUGAAUGAAGAUAAACUUUUACACGCUCCUGAGUUUGUUAUCAAGCCUCGUUCCCAUACUGUCUGGGAGAAACAGAAUGUCAAAUUACAUUGUACUGUGACUGGCUGGCCAGAACCCCGUCUUACAUGGUACAAAAACAAUGUGCCCAUCAAUGUGCAUACUCACCCUGGCAAGUAUAUCAUUGAAAGUCGAUAUGGGAUGCACUCACUGGAGAUUAACAAAUGUGAUUUUGAAGACACCGCUCAGUAUCGAGCUUCUGCCAUGAAUGUUAAAGGAGAACUUUCAGCUUAUGCUUCCCUUGUGGUAAAGAGAUAUAAGGGAGAGUUUGAUGAAAGUUAUUUUCAUGCUGGAACUGUUACCAUGCCUCUCAGCUUUGGUGUUACCCCCCAUGGCUAUGCUUCCAAGUUUGAAAUCCACUUUGUUGACAAGUUUGAGGUAUCCUUUGGAAGAGAAGGAGAGACAAUGAGUCUGGGUUGUACAGUUAUCAUUCAUCCCGACAUUAAGCGCUUCCACCCAGAGAUCCAGUGGUACAGGAAUGGUGUUCUUAUUAAACCAUCCAAAUGGGUCCAGAUGCACUGGAGUGGGGAGCGGGCUACGUUAACCCUUGCUCAUGCUAACAAGGAGGAUGAAGGUCUUUACACUCUUCGUGUGGUCAUGGGGGACUACUAUGAACAGUACAGUGCUUAUGUCUUUGUUCGAGAUGCAGAUGCCGAAAUGCCAGGAGCCCCGGCUUCGCCACUGGAUGUGGAGUGCUUGGAUGCUAACAAAGAUUAUGUCAUCAUCUCCUGGAAACAACCUGCUGUUGAUGGAGGAAGCCCCAUCCUUGGAUACUUUAUUGAUAAAUGUGAGGUUGGCACCACUCACUGGUCCCAAUGCAAUGAGACUCCGGUGAAGUUUGCUCGUUUCCCUGUCACGGGUUUGAUAGAAGGUCGCUCCUAUAUAUUCCGAGUCCGAGCUGUGAAUAAAGCUGGAAUAAGCAUACCAUCCCGGGUUUCUGAGCCUGUGGCAGCUCUGGAUCCUGCUGACAGAGCUAGGCUUAGAAGUCAUCCUUCCGCUCCCUGGACAGGACAGAUUAUUGUCACUGAGGAAGAACCUGCAGAGGGUGUUGUUCCUGGCCCACCUUCAGACCUCCAUGUUAUUGAAGCCACCAAGAACUAUGUUGUGCUCAGCUGGAAACCCCCUGGAGAACGGGGUCAUGAGGGUGUCAUGUACUUUGUGGAAAAGUGUACUGCAGGCACAGAGAACUGGCAGAGAGUGAACACUGAGAUCCCUGUAAAGUCUCCUCGCUUUGCUGUUUUUGACCUGGCUGAAGGGAAAUCUUACAGUUUCCGUGUUCGCUGUUGUAAUUCAGCUGGCAUUGGUGAGCCCUCAGAAGCAACUGAAGCUACUGUGGUGGGUGACAAACUUGAUAUUCCCAAAGCCCCAGGCCGUAUUAUACCAACCAGGAAUACAGAUACCUCAGUGGUUGUCACUUGGACAGAAUCUAAAGAUGCCAAGGAGUUGGUUGGGUACUAUGUAGAAGCAAGCAUAGCUGGAUCUGGCCAUUGGGAACCAAGCAAUAACAAUCCAGUGAAAGGCACAAGAUUCAUUUGCCAUGGACUCCUCACUGGUGAGAACUACAUUUUCCGAGUCAGAGCUGUUAAUGCAGCUGGACUCAGUGAAUAUUCACAGGAAUCAGAGCCUAUUGAAGUCAAAGCAGCCAUUGGGGGAGGAUUGCUUCAUGGUGUGUGUCCUGAACUGAGUGGUAAAGCUGGUGGACUAACAGACUACACUACCUCCUGGGAAGGCAUGCAUGAGUCCUCCCAGCCUAUCUUUGACACAGAUGCUUUGCUAAAAUGCAAUGCUAAAUUUAACAGACAUGUGGUACCCAGUAGCUCUGAUAAGCUGGAGAGUACAGGAGUCAGUGAAGUAAGAGAAACGGUUGAGAAUGUUCCUACACCUUCACCACAGAAGGGAGCUGCUAAGCAGGCAAGUAAGACUCAACCUGGUGACCCUUUGGCAUUGGAGAAAAUGAAAGAGAAGAAAGAUAUAGCUGCCCCAUCUCCACCUUAUGACAUCACUGUACUUGAAAGUGUUCGUGACUCAAUGGUGCUGGGAUGGAAACAGCCCAAAAUCAUUGGCGGAGCUGAAAUUACUGGCUACUAUGUGAACUAUCGUGAAGUGAUUGAUGGAGUUCCUGGAAAAUGGAAUGAGGCGAACAUUAAACCAGUUAGUGAAAGGGCCUACAGGAUUCACAAUUUGAAGGAAAACAUGGUGUACCAAUUCCAAGUGGCUGCUGCUAACCUAGCUGGAGUUGGAACACCUUCCCCCCCUACUCGAUCCUUCAAAUGUGAAGAAUGGACCAUUGCUGUUCCAGGACCGCCCCAUGAUCUCUUAUGCACUGAAGUUAGAAAAAACUCUUUGGUUUUACUGUGGAAACCACCAGUUUAUAUUGGCCGUAGUCCUGUAACUGGUUACUAUGUUGAUGUGAAGGAAACAGAAGCAACAGAUGAACAUUGGAGGAGUGUCAAUGAGAAGCCAAUUGCAAAUAAAUUCUUAAAGGUCAGUGGCCUAAAGGAAGGUGUCAGCUAUCUAUUCCGGGUGCGAGCAACAAAUCAGGCUGGUGUCGGGAAACCUUCUGAUACCACUGACCCUGUCAUAGCAGAAACACGACCAGGAACUAAAGAAAUGGAAGUAGAUGUGGAUGAUAAUGGAGUCAUUUCCCUGAACUUUGAAUGCGACCAGAUGUCUCCAGACUCUAAGUUUGUCUGGUCCAAGAAUUAUGAACCAAUUGAGGAUGAAUCUCGAUUAGCCUUUGACACCAAAGGCGGAAAGUCAAAAGCUGCUUUUAAAGAUCUUGGGGAAGAUGAUUUGGGCAUUUACUCUUGUGCUGUCACAGACACUGAUGGAGUUUCAUCAAGCUACACAAUAGACGAGGAAGAGAUGAAACGCCUCCUCGCUCUCAGCCAUGAGCACAAAUUCCCAACUGUCCCACUUAAGUCUGAGCUGGCAGCUGAACUUCUGGAGAAGGGACAAGUGCGAUUCUGGCUGCAGGCUGAAAAGCUGUCUGGCAAUGCAAAGGUCAACUUUGUGUUUAAUGACAAGGAAAUAGUUAAUGGAGAGAAAUAUAAGAUGAAGGUGGACCAUAAUACUGGCCUUAUUGAAAUGAUCAUGGAUAAACUUGAGGACAAUGAUGAAGGGACUUAUACCUUCCAACUUCAGGAUGGAAAAGCAACGAACCAAUCCAGUCUUGUCCUUAUUGGUGAUGUGUUCAAGAAGCUACAGAACGAAGCAGACUUUCAGAGGCAAGAGUGGUUCAGGAAACAAGGUCCUCAUUUUGUUGAGUAUCUGGGAUGGGAAGUUACUGCUGAUUGCAAUGUGUUGUUGAAAUGCAAGGUGGCUAAUAUUAAGAAGGAAACGCACAUUGUUUGGUACAAAGAUGGGAGAGAGAUAAUGGUGGAUGAGGAGCAUGACUUUAAGGAUGGCGUAUGUACUCUGCUGAUAUCAGAGUUUUCCAAAAAAGAUGCUGGUAUUUAUGAAGUAAUACUGAAGGAUGAUAGAGGAAAGGACAAAAGCAAACUGAAGCUUGUGGAAGCAGCUUUUGCAGAUCUGAUGAAUGAAGUGUGCAGAAAGAUUGCUUUAUCUGCAACAGAACUGAAAAUCCAGAGCACGGCAGAGGGUAUCAGAUUAUUCUCUUUUGUUAAUUAUUACUUGGAAGAUCUGCGAGUGAGCUGGUUACACAAUGAUGCCAAGAUAAAGUAUACAGACAGAGUUAAGACUGGUGUUACUGGGGAGCAGAUCUGGUUACAGAUCAGUGAGCCAACUCCACAGGACAAGGGCAAAUAUAUAAUGGAGCUCUUUGAUGGUAAAACUACACAUACAAGGAAGCUGGAUCUCUCUGGACAAGCUUUUGAUGAAGCCUGUGCUGAAUUCCAAAGAUUAAAACAAGCUGCUGUUGCAGAAAGAAAUCGUGCCCGGAUACUUGGAGGUUUGCCCGACGUUGUCACCAUCCAGGAAGGCAAG